AGUUGUUUUGUAGAGUAGAUUAUGUCGGACACUGGACGUAGCCCUCGCCCAGCUGGAUCUCAGCUGCGACAACGUCGUGGAGGAGGUGCUGCUGCUGCCUCAUCCGGUCGUGCCCGUGCUGGUAAUAAUGGCGGUCUGUGGCGUUUCUACACAGAAGACUCGACUGGCUUGAAAAUUGGUCCCGUUCCCGUACUUGUAAUGAGCUUAGUCUUCAUUGCCUCCGUCUUCGUCCUUCACAUCUGGGGCAAGUUCACGCGAAGCCGCGCUUGAAUCUUUAUCACUUCCUACCUAUGGGUCGUCACUGUGUUCAUCUUAAUCUGAUAUCUUUUUUACGACUUCUUCUAUUUAUAGUUGUAUUCAGUACAGAUGCGGAAUGUUUUGUUUGAUUUAUUUAUUGUUG